CCUGGAGAGCAGGAGAAGCUGAGCCUGGAAGCAGGAGAAGCUGAGCCCUGGACAGCAGGAGAAGCUGAGCCCUGGACAGCAGGAGAAGCUGAGCCCUGGACGAGCAGGAGAAGCUAAGGGAGAAACUCUGUUUCUUGAGGCCUUACAUAGUUCGCAGGAAAGCAUAUUCAUCUCUGGCGGACAACUUUGUGGAUCAUAAUGAGAAGGAUGAAGAGGAGUUGAAGACUGAGGGGAACAUUGAUCAGGAGAUGGGCAGCUCAGUAAGCAGCCAGCUGGAUGCAGAUGGAGGUGGCCAAGACUUGGAUGAGCCCCAGUCUAUGGACUCUGCCCCGAGUUUCGCCCCACUUCAGUGUCCACAGCCUCGGGUCACAGAGGUCGUGUCUCUGAGUUGUCCGCAUCAUCGCGAUGAAGACAAUCAACCUGUUAAAACGGCACCCAAACACGACGUCCUCAACCAGUUUGCUGAGGUCAUGCUGGCUGACAUGCGGCAGGUUGAAGACCCUGUGCUGCUUAUGAGGCUCCGCAGAGACAUCACAGACCUGGUGUUCAAAGCGGUGGAGGAGGACAUGCGGAGGCGGUGUGUUCAAGCGCCAUCCUCAGUGACUGGGAAUGGCACGCAAAGCUGCUGCAAUCCUCUGCAGCUGUAUUCAAACAUCUCCUGGAGCCAGAGGCUUCUGAGGAAGAGGAGGAACAAAGGGCAUAGGACUGGAAGCAGGUCGCAGAGGCGGGAGGAGAAUAGGAGGGUGUCCAGGAGUCAGUUAGCACCACCUGUCGAUCCAGGGCAGUCAGCAGAAGGGUUGAGCGCAAACGGGCCUCAGGUUAUUCUUCAGGUGUUUGAGAUUAAAAAAGAUGGGGAGCCAGAUUUAGUAAAGAUUGAAGAUGAGCCUUUAGCCAUGGACUGACUUGAGAGUCUGUUGGGGCAAGGUGAGCAGGGUUUGGAGGGAUGGAAGAGAAGGCUGUCAUUUUUUUUCUAGUUUUUCUUUUAUUUUUGGAUCUUUCACCUCAGGGCCACCAUAGCUAGAAUUUAAACUAAAGACACAUCUCUGCCUUUGCAAAGUAAAUGUUUAUAAGCCUGUAGUUGAACUUUUGGAUGGUCUUCAUUCAGAAAACUGAAUAAGAUGAGGAAAUUAGCUUUAAACACAAGGCAGCUCUCUUUGUUACCCAGCUAAAAGAAGAAAAAAAACGGUCUUCA